AUGAUCUCCGAAGACCAACGUCAGGACCAAGGCGUCGCACAGAUUCUGUCCGAACUGGGACAAAACAGCCCAGAUGACGCGGAAGCCGCGAAGGGUCUAGGGCGCCGUGACGAUGAUGUUGCUAGCAUUCUUUCUGCGCUCCAAUCAGAGAGCCCCGAGGACGCCGCCGCGGCUCAGGACGUCGUCGAGCCGGACACGGAAAAGCGCGAGGAGGAUGUUGCUUCAAUCCUGGCAGCUCUCUCACAGGAGAGCCCGGAUGAUGCGGAGGCUGCCGCUGGUGCCAUUUAG